AUGGAGGUUUUUCUGCCUUUGCGUUCUAAGUCAAAAGAGAGCAAGCAGCUCAAGCUUGCGCUAGAAUUAAGUAGCACUACUUUUACCUCGAAGGAGUAUCGAAUCAUCGAAAAUGGGAGCGACCUCGUAUGUGUUUGUGCAGGCUCGAGCAGCUUUCUGUAUCGCUUCACAGGUAAUGAGCUUAUCGCUCUCGGCACUUUUUUCUUCCGGCACACUGGUGGUGGUCAGGUGCUGAGCGCUUUGAUCGAUGAAGAAGUGAAGGACUUUGCUGAUGGUGUAGUUGCAGAGCUGCCAGAGCUAGGAAAUUCAACUGAAAUACAGCUUUCCGCUGACGGCGUCGCGAGCUUCGUUGACUUUAUCGACAGCACAUUACUUGUGGGAACGGAUGCUGGCUAUCUAGGCGCAAUUUUCGUCAGCGCGGAUCGUACGGAGAUCUUUGGCAAGUCGAUGCGGCUCCAAAGCAAUCAUACUUGUCACUGGUGCUCCUCUCCGAAAAGCUCGACCUGCAUUUGCGUUUCAACAGAGAACAUAUCAGUCAUUUCCGUCUGCGCGGAAAACGCGGACGUGGUUUCUUACCGCGGUGCGAGCGGUAUCAAUAGCAUAGGCGCAGUGGCUGCGUAUUCUGCCGGUCGAUUAACGCCGCAGGUUUUUUUCAUCGCACACGUUGAUAGCUACGUUCUCAAUGUCCUGCGGUGCGACUCACACGAUGCAAAACUUAAAAGGGAAGACUAUACUCUCCUUCUUACGGACGACGAAAGUAGAACACCCGGGAGUCAUGUUCCUUCCAACCUGUACGUUCACGAAUGGGAAGGUGUCUGCGCAUUAGCCGUUGUGUACCCUGACGCCAUUUCGUUCUCUUCAUGGUACGACGCCACGCUGAGCUCUACCGCUGCGCUCAAAAAUGAGCUAACUGCCGCCUUUGGGUCAGCGCUCUGGAAGCGCACAGAGGAAGGAUGUCGCCUCUAUGUUCUCCGAAGCGACGCGCGUUGCCUGCUUUACGACGUGGUCAUGAAUUUUGAAACGUCCACAAUCCGAGAGGUUGUAGUCUCGGGACAGGUUGCGCUACCAAGCGUGAUUUCCUGCCGUUUAGGAAGCGCGGAAAGCGGGAGCUUUUUAUGCUGGCGCACUGGCACGCCGCUAGCGCGAGACACCGCACUCCUUCAGUCGGCGGUAGACGAGAGCAAUUUUGAAGCAGUUGAGACUCGAGGCGGGCGCAAAUUCUCCGCGUCGUCCACUUUGACGGAUGUACUGCUGCUCGAAGUUGUUCCCAUCCGCGAGAGCUACGGCAUUGUGUGCCUUUUCAGCAAUGGCGAGUGUCACCUAUCUUUGUACGGCGAGCGCGGCACGGUGUGCAUCGCGCAUCAAGACCACCCACAUGACGUAACAAGCUGCCUUGCCUAUGAAGCACGCGAGAAGGUAUAUGCGUGUGUUCUCGGCUUCAAUGACGGCGACAUUUGCGUCUUUGUAGACGGGAAAGUACGCUCUUGGGUUCGCGUCGCGCACUGCGGUGUUGUUGACAAGUUGUUGUGGCUUCCCAAAAUGAAUGAAGCGGAUGACACGUUAUUUGUGAGCAUUUCCACCGAGAUGGGCACGGUGUGCUUUCACGCUGGCGACAACGCAGCCGUCUCACGAACCAUGUCUUCUCCCUCCCGGCCGCUCACGUCGUGUUUGCUUGACCGUGAUUUGGAGUACAUGUUUCUCUUCUCUGACGCCUCCAGCAACUUGUGGCACAUACCCACAUGCCGGUUGGAGCGGGCGUUUCGUUCGCACCAGGGCGCACUGGAUCGCCACUUCGACAACCUCCUCGAGUAUCACUGGUCCUCGGCAACGAAGAUUCUCAAAUUUGCUUUCGCUGGAGGACAGCAUUACGCGGUGAAUGUGAACGUCAACCUUCUUGUGAGCGUUUUCGACGCAGGGCAGCAGCAGCAGCUGCAGCCAUCUGCAGAGUACAUUUCCGCAAUCAGUCUGAUCCUGCGCUGCCUUGGCGAAAGCUGCUCUGCGGUCGUUCCCACAACGGAUAAUUUCGGAGAAGCCUUGGACGACGUGGGUCUUCUUGUCGCACCGGUGCAAACGCAAGAAUGCGUCUGGUGCGCCAUCCUCAUGUUGUGCGCGCUGCUGAGCCGCACCUCUGAUGCCGUGAGUGCGGCUGCUAUUCUCACCACAAUCCGAUCACUGAACACAAAGCUCCUCAAAUACAGUACGCACGACGCUCAUCGACAGGCUGAUGCCGUGCAGCUAUUUCUUUCCCGCUUCUACACGCUGAGCCGAUCCAUAUCAGCGUCGUUCAGGUAUGCUCUUCAGAUGCUAAUCUCCAAAAGCACCGUUGACAGCAUGCGCUCCCUAAUGGGCACGUUGAAGGCGCGAUCGGCCGUUGCUCUUGCCGACCAAGCAGUGGAAAACGGUGUUCCCGUGAAAAGUGAUGCGCAGCGGCGCGAAAAAGCUAUCUCGGCGCUACUUAUCGUGUCCAGCGUAGCAGCGCAGCGUUCGGAUUAUAACAUCAAAGAUGACACCGAUUUAUGCUGUUACCUACGCGAUGUCCUCGCCGAAACUUUGCGAAGUCUGCUGGCGGCAUUCCAGGACGACUACGUGUUCCUCUCCAAGUCAGCGCUUCUUCUGGGCCUGGUAGAGAGCUACGAGGUAGCUCGCGUCGUAAAUGGUGGUGAGGAGUUUCAGGUUUUUGUCAAAACAUUGGUCAACGAAGCCUUUAACGGCAGGAACGAAGCGAUCAAGCAAGCUUCCCUCGAGGCUCUUGAACGGCUUGUCGCGCACGAUCCGCAGGAAUUUCUCUCCACAGUCAUUUUGCGUACAUUCCAAAGUCAGGUGUCGUACCGACCGUACAUCAUCGUCUUUCUUUCCCAUCUCGUCAAGAACUUCCCUUACGAAGCCUACUGCGCAUUUGGCGCCAUUGCAGAAAUUUUUAUGAGCGGACUGAGCGACAACUCCGCACGAACAAAAGACGAGGCGUCCAUUCUCAGCGCUUCGGUCUCACAACUGCUGCGGCUUUCUCUCGAGUCGCUGCCCAACGUUUCUCUUCAGCCAAGCCAAAACCACCUCGCUAUUGGCCGGCAUGAUGGCAGUGUGGUGGUGUAUAACGUGAAAACUGCCACCUUCGUUUCGUCCUUCAAGGCUCACAAGGCGCCUGUUCUCGGUGUGGCGUACAGCGGCAACAUCGUGACGCUUGACAUCGCCACAAUCGAUGAGUCGAUGAACGAGAUCAAGAUAUGGCGGUCAGCCAACCAGGCGUCGACGAUUGCGAGUUUCUUCGGCGGAGGCAACGAGACAAGUUUCAAGCUCGUCUCCUCUGUUGAAGUUCCCGCUGCGGGCCUGAGCGUUGCUGACGCCUCGCUUCUCAUCAAAUAUUUUCACCUGAGUUGGUUGUCGCCGCAGUGCUUGGAGUUUUCCUCCCCUUGGCACGGAAAGAUACAGGUUUCUCUUCCGUGA